AUGUCUAAAGAUUAUCAUAAACUAUACGCAUCCAAUGAAAACAGUGCUAGAAGCCUGAACUCUUAUAAGAAAAAGCUGCUGAAUGAAGAAUCAGAAGUCACUGAUAUUUAUCAGACCGAAAAUGAAGGAAAACUUGAUAAGUGGAUCGGAUAUGAAUCAGAUGAAGAAUCAGAACCAAGACAAAGACUAGACUCAGAAAGUGAGGACGAAGAAAACGAAAAAAAUGAAGAAAAAAUAGUCCAAAGGGCUAUUUUUGAUGAAAAUUCUGAAAAAGUCCAAGUAAGAGAAAGAAUUGGAAAAGCUGAUGUAAAAUGGCUUGGGGCGAAGCCAGAUAGAACUGAAAAAAUAAUCACUAAUAAAGAAGAAUUGCAAGCUGGAAAUAUAAUACAUAGGGAUAAGCAAGGCAGAAUUUUAGAAGGAGGAAUAAAUAAAGAGCAGGAGCUGAAAAAGUUAAAUGAAGAAAGACUAAAUCAAUGAAAAAGCGGAGCUGAACAAAGGAAGGAAAAAGAAGAUAUGAUAAGGAAUAUUAAAGCAGAAAAAAAUAAACCAUUUGCAAGAUAUGAAAUUGAAGAAGACGCUGAUCAAGAGUUUAAAACUAAAAAAAGAUUUGGGGACCCAGCUUUGGCAUUUCAAGAAAAUAGACUAAAAAAAAUGAAAACUGAAUGCCCUUAUAGCUGGGAAAAUAGGUUUAAUAUAAAGCCUGGGAGCAAAUGGGAUGGAAGAGAUAGAAGUAAUGAAUUUGAAAGGAGAUGGAUGGCAAAACAAGGAAGAAAAGAAUGGGAAAAAAGCUUUGUCUACAAGCAGUUUGCAAGCGAGUUAUAA